GGACCCAGUUGAAACGCUGGUAAAAGUUCUAGUACCUAAAACACCAACAAAAAUAAAUCCCUUUGCCUUGUUGUUCAAGAAUCUGGGGCGCGAGGGGUUUCAGGAGCAACUGUUUUAGGGUUUGAUCUCUGUCACUUCCGCUCCUUCGCUGCCACAGAUGGCUAGAAUGUCAGAUGUUCCGCCAAAAGGUGGGUUCAGCUUUGAUUUAUGCCGUAGAAAUGAAAUGCUACUGAAGAAAGGAAUACAACUUCCAUCAUUUAGAAAGACCGGAACAACUAUUGUUGGUUUAGUUUUUCAGGAUGGCAUUGUUCUUGGAGCCGAUACAAGGGCAACUGAGGGGCCCAUAGUUGCUGAUAAGAAUUGUGAGAAAAUCCACUAUAUGGCACCUAAUAUCUAUUGCUGUGGAGCAGGAACUGCUGCUGACACAGAGGCAGUAACAGAUAUGGUGAGCUCCCAACUUCAGCUUCACCGCUAUGCAACUGGUCGAGAAUCAAGAGUCAUUACCGCUCUAACCCUUCUAAAAUCACAUCUUUUCAGUUACCAAGGCCAUGUCAGUGCUGCAUUAGUUCUUGGUGGAGUUGAUGUAACAGGGCCACAUCUGCACACUGUUUACCCACAUGGAUCAACCGAUACUCUCCCUUUCGCUACAAUGGGUUCUGGUUCUCUUGCUGCAAUGGCUGUUUUUGAAUCGAAAUAUAGAGAUGGCCUUACUAGAGAUGACGGAAUACAACUUGUCUGCGAGGCAAUUUGUUCUGGCAUUUUCAAUGAUUUGGGCAGCGGGAGCAAUGUCGAUGUUUGUGUCAUUACGAAAGGACAGACAGAGUACUUAAGAAACCACCAGUUGCCCAAUCCUAGGACCUAUGUGAGUACAAAGGGCUACAACUUCGUCAAGGGCCAUACAGAGGUCUUGGCAACCAAAAUUAAGCUACUCAAGCCGAAGGCGCAAGUUCCUGAGGGCGACUCAAUGGAGGAGUAAUUAUGCAUCAGGACAUGGAAGAGUAGCUUCUUCAGUUACAUCAUUUGUCGCUAAAUCGAAAAUUCAAGAUCAUCUAAGGUAACCUGCAGGUUUAUUGGGCAUUUCUGGACACUCAGAAUUUACGGUCUUACUGGUGAGAGCUCAAUCAAUGAACUUCAAUUAUCUGCCAAAACCUACCAUCUUCUUCUUAUUUCAUUAAUUAAUGCACGACUGUGGGGCCAAAGAAGACUUUGUUUGAUGAACACUGCAUUUUCCUUUGUGUUUCUUGAAUCAAAUUGUUGUGUCGAGGCUUGAAUUCGCCGGAAAAUUCGUCGUCUUUUAUUUAUUUUAGCAUAGCACUUGUUUUAA